AAUAAAAAAAUCACUUCAAGUUCACCAAUAAAUAUAUUUAGAAGGUACUCUGUUGCAGAUGUUAGGGAUAUUCAUCAUCAAAAUGGAAAAUCAGAUGGACUAGACUCACCUUCAAAUUUUAAACAUCGUGUUGCAGAAAGUAAAAUAAUUAAAAAAUUAAAAGUUUUAGAAUUUGUUAAUGAAAAAAGAGAAGAGUUUCAAAACAAACUUUCUGUAGAUGGUGGUGCAUCCCAUUUAAUAAAAGCAAAAGAUAAAUUUUCGUUCGUUUUGGGUGUUUUAAAUUUAUGUGUCAUUUCAUAUAUAUGUGGUAAAUUUCCUUUAUUUUUACCCCAUUUUUAUGCAACGGAGUUUUUAAUAUUAUUUAUAUUAAGAAUCGUUUUAUAUAAAAGAAAGAAACUGCAUUAUUUUUUAUUUGAUUUUUGCUAUUUUGCAAAUUUAAUGCUUUUAUGUUAUAUUUAUUUGGUUCCAAACAAACAAUGGUUUUUUAUAGCUUGCUUCUGUAUUUCAAAUGGCCCUUUGCUCGGUGCUGUUCUUCCAUAUAGAAAUUCUAUGGUAUUUCACUCUUUGGAUAAAGCGACCUCAGUUCUUAUUCACAUAUUUCCAUCAUUAGUUACAUACAGUUUAAGAUGGUGCACCGAUUUCUCUUUCUCUAAAAAAAACUCAACAAACACAACAUGGAAAGAUUUUUAUAUUUAUCCAAUUCUAUUGUACAUGUUAUGGCAAGCUGUUUAUUUUUUCUAUGUAGGAAAAUACAAAAAAGAAACUAUUAAAGAGAAUAACUAUACCACAUCUCUAUCGUUCCUUUCAAGAGUUAAAGAUGGUCAUAAACCUCCACUUGUUACUCGUUUUUUAAAUAUCGCAACUCCAAAUAAUAGACUAUACUUUUUUAUCCUUUCUCAAUUUGUAUACACCUAUUUAACAAUAAUUCCAUGUAUGCUUUAUUAUAAAUAUCAAUUCUUACAUACAUUCUACCUCUUGUUUGUUAUUACUGCAAGUUUAUGGAACGGUGCUAAUUUUUAUAUAGAAUAUUUUAGCAAUCAUUAUGUAUCUCAAAUGAAAGAAAGAGAAGAAAGAUGGAAAAAAAUAAUAAUAAACUCCAUUGGUAACACA